AUGCAGCCCACUCUCUUUUAUGCGGCGGCCCUUUUGAGCUCAUCUUAUCUCGCCAGUGCCUCUCCAAAAGAAGCAACUGUUUACGCGUUUGCGUCAGAAGCAUGCAUUACUGAUACCUUUACACCCGUUCCCCAAAAUGUCGACUCUGCAGCCUUGGUAGCAAAACACGGCUUUUCUGAUAGUGGUAUGACCCUCGAAAGAUGUGCGGAUUUCUGCAUACUAUAUACCGUUAUGGGCGUGAAGAAUGGUAGGGAAGUAAGGAAAAUCCAUUUCACCCAGGAGGAUAUCAUUACUGAUUGUUUUCAAGUGUCAUAGUGGUAAUUCGAUCAGAGCGGGCACGAUAUCAACCCUAGCCAAUUGCGGUAUCCCUUGCUCCGGGAACUCGGGUCAACUGUGCCGUGGUAACAGAUUCAUGAAUACCUACCAACUUGCUGGAUUUGCGGGGCCAGCAGGUAAUUUCAACGUUUGA